GGUGUCAUGUCAGACUUAUGAACACCCCUUUAAGUAAAGUGUAACCAGCAAAACAGAAAUUAAGACAAAUAUUAAAAUUAAAAUAAUAAGUAGAUGACAAGAUAAAUGGAACACCUGUAUGAUAUUCAGAAAAAAAGUGGGAAGGGUGAGGAUGACAGGGCGAAGUUCCACGGAGGAAAGUAUAAUGUCAAAAUUGAGACUGGGUCACACAACACUAAAUAAGAUUACUGAAAGAAAAACAUUCAAAAGCACACCACAGGAGUUACUAGAUGCAAAGCAAAAACUCUUGUCAAUCAGAAAAUUAUCACUCUUUAAAUGUGUUUUUGAAGGAAACGGGGUUAAAAAUAUAAUUUAAAUAUCUCUUUAAAUAAAAGUUAAUUUUUUGUAUUAAGUUUGGGUAGUUACUCUGGUUCACACUCCAGUAUAGUAGGUGGCGGUAAUGCGCCUUAACGUUGGAUGCCACCCGCCAUAAAACAUGAAGAAGAAGAACGAUCACGUGAUCUGUUUACUUAGCAUAGGCGUUUUUCUUAAUCUUUCUUUAAGUGAAAAGCGUUUUUCGUAAUUUUGCUUUAAGCGGAAAUUCACACAUUUAACUUAACCAAAUGACUGCAACGUCGAUGACAAACUUCUAAGUUAAGAGAAUUUACUAGGUGGCCUCCUUCAUCAAUGGUCAACAAAGAAGUGUAAAAGUUUUUGAAAGAAGAAACGGUCUGAUAAUAUUUGACAUAUUGCUACCUGGCAGCUGAUGGCCAAGCAUCCUGACUUCAUUGAUAUGAAAGCUGGGAUUAUAAAGCAGGAUCUUAAUUUACGGACAUCUGAAUUUAUAUGCGUAAUGCAUCAGGAGUCUUUUGUUGGAUUUCAGAUUCAGCGGAAAGGAGCCUACCCUUACUAAAAUGUGUCCAGAAACCUUGUUACUGAGCCCUGCAGAGGAGUCAGUAGGGCGCUUUUGCCGUAGACUGAUAUAUAAAAAGAAAUGUAUUAAUGUGUCAGAUGAAAGCUCUUCAAAUCCAGCUGGUAAACUCCCAAUCUCUCAGCCAUCAAACAGCAGUGAGACACACCGAGAAAAAUACAGCUGUAAGAUUUGUGGCGUAGAGUAUUGCCUCAAAAAAAACUUGGUGUCUCACAUGCGAAUACACACAGGUGAAACUCCAUACGAAUGUAAACUGUGUGGUAAGUUGUUCCGGCGUUCAGACUACCUUAACUUACACAUUAAAGUCCACAUGGGUGAGCAAAGAAGGAGGGCCAAACCCUUUGUUUGUGAACAGUGCGGAAAGAAGUUUGGGACAUCCAUUUUACUCCAAAGUCAUCUGUUGAAACACAGCGGUGAAAGGCCGUAUGCCUGCUCGCUUUGUGAGAAAGCAUUUUUCAGUGAGGCGUUACUUAAAAGACACAAAUAUGAUUGUCACUCAGAAGAGAGAGCUUUUUUUUGCUCUUUGUGUGGACACAGCUUCAAACGCGUACAUACGCUUCGGAAACACACAAGAAUUCACACCGGAGAGAAACCUUAUUUGUGUUCACAGUGUGGAAAAACAUUUACUUAUAAAUACUCACUGAUUUUGCACAAUAAACGGCACUCGGGGAAAAAGGGUGAUGUGUGAUGCACUCGGAAAAAAUGUAUUUUCAUUUUAUGAAUGUCAGUAGUCAUUUAUUUCUCUUUCUAAAUCUUAUUUAAUCUGUAUAUUGGCAAUAAAGAAAGCUUUGUUUAUUAAAGGUUUACUUUAGCUGUGC